UCGUCACUCGUACUCUGAACUUGUAAGCAAUGGCUCGUACUAAACAAACCGCGCGCAAAUCUACCGGUGGUAAAGCACCAAGGAAGCAACUCGCCACCAAGGCCGCUCGUAAGAGUGCGCCUGCAACCGGUGGAGUGAAGAAGCCCCAUCGCUACAGGCCCGGAACCGUCGCUCUCCGUGAGAUCCGUCGCUACCAGAAGAGCACCGAGCUCCUCAUCCGCAAACUGCCCUUCCAACGCUUGGUCCGUGAAAUCGCUCAGGACUUCAAGACCGACCUGCGCUUCCAGAGCUCCGCCGUGAUGGCCCUCCAGGAGGCCAGCGAGGCCUACCUCGUCGGUCUCUUCGAAGACACCAACUUGUGCGCCAUCCACGCCAAGAGAGUCACCAUCAUGCCAAAGGACAUCCAGUUGGCUCGUCGCAUCCGAGGAGAACGUGCUUAAAUUUCCCUACCACUC